AUGAUAAUCAAAGGUGCAGUUGAUUAGUUUUUUCUCAAAUCGAGUGGAAAGAGCCCUUAAAACUUCAAUCAUUAUUCCGCGUUUCAGACCUUCUUUCUCAAUCCAUGUUGAUCAGCUGUCCCUUUCCAAAUCUUUCUCCAUGGCCGUCCUCCGAUCAGUACCCUCAAUCAUCGCCAUCGUCGGAGCUUCAGCCAUUUUUCUAACCGUCGCUUCUCUGCUUCUCAUUAGUUCCUUCUUCCAGGAUUACUUUUUGGGAAUAAAUCGGGUCUGGAGACCUCAAUCUCCUACCUCGCUUAUCAUCUUCCAAGGAAAACCGCACCAGGAGGUCAGUGGAUCGCGCGCUGUCGAUAUCGGUACUUCAGGUGCUGUUUCUGAUUUGAGAAAAGAUGAUGCUGACAUUCCUUCUUCUUUAGGUGCCGAUGAAAUCGGUUUAAAUCCCUCUUUUGCGAAGGAAUUUGGUGGCAAUUUUAGUGAUUCUGAUGCCGGUUUAGUAGUACCUUUCCCAAACCCUAUGUUUGCCUCCGGUGACCAUGCUAGUUGUGAUCUGUACCAUGGGAGAUGGAUUCAUAAUCCCGAUGGACCUCUGUAUACUAACAAUAGCUGUCCUAUCAUCACACAGUUGCAGAAUUGCCAGGGAAAUGGAAGGCCUGACAAGGAAUAUGAGAACUGGAGAUGGAAGCCAGAUCUGUGUGAGUUGCCGCAGUUUGAUCCGAAGAAGUUUCUGCAACUUAUGAAGGGUAAAACCCUUGCAUUUGUGGGCGAUUCGGUUGCUAGGAAUCAGAUGGAGUCCUUGCUUUGCCUUCUUUGGCAGGUUGAAGUGCCUAAAAACCGUGGCAACAGAAGGAUUCAUAGGUGGUUCUUCAGAUCCACUUCAACCAUGAUUGUACGCAUAUGGUGCUCCUGGCUUGCUCAGAGCAGCUCCGAGGCAAUGGAAUUUGCUCCCGAGGGGAUUGUUAAGGUCCAUUUAGACAUACCUGAUAAGAACUUCAUGGAAUUCCUCCCAGGUUUUGAUGUUGUUGUGCUUUCCUCAGGCCAUUGGUUUGCUAAGCAAUCAGUUUACAUUCUUAACAAAACUAUUGUUGGAGGUCAGCUUUGGUCUCCCCCUCAAAAUGCCACAGUUGAUAUGAGAAUCAGUAAUGUUGAGGCGUUUGGUUUAUCCAUGGAGACGGCUCUUGAAGCCAUAGCUACUCAUCCAAAUUUUACUGGUCUGGCAAUUGUUCGAUCAUAUUCGCCGGAUCAUUAUGAAGGUGGGGCAUGGAAUACUGGUGGUUCAUGCACCGGAAAAGUUAACCCAGUUAGUGAAGUAGUUAGCAAUGGAUUCACAGAUGUGAUGCAUGAGAAACAAUUCAACGGAUUCCAACGAGCAGUGGAGAAGGCUGGGAACAGAUCCAGGCUUAUAUUUAUGGAUAUCACAGAGGUGUUUGGCUAUCGCCCGGAUGGGCAUCCAGGGCCUUAUCGGAGCACAGAUCCAAACAAGAAGACAAAGAGGGGGCCAAAUGGUGAGCCACCGCCGCAGGAUUGCUUGCAUUGGUGUAUGCCGGGGCCAAUCGAUACAUGGAAUGAGUUUUUAUUGGAGAUUAUUGGGAGAAAUUUUAAUACAUCAUGAUACAAGCUACAUCUUUUGGAUGCUCUGCUGAAGUUUUAUAAAUGAAGAGAUGCUUCUUCUUGAUGAGACAUAAAAAAGGAUGAUUUCUUUUUCAUUUUUCCUGGUGAUGACUUUGUUCUGAUCAUCAAAAGGUUUUUCUUUUGAGGAUUGAUCGUCUGUUGGGCAGCAUUUUCAAGAGGUUAUCUCUUUACUGCAAUUUUGUUUUGUACUUUACUGCUUGUAGUUCUAGAUGAGAAUGAGGUUGUGAAUGCAUUUGUAAUUUCGGUUAGAGUAUAUAG